UGAUCAUAUGACAUGUCAUCCAUCUAUUGUGAUAAUACUUAUUGCAAAUAGUAAUAAUGAUCACCCAAUAAGUAUGAUUCUUACAGAAUAGACAGCAUGCUCAAACUAUUUAUUCAUGAGAUUAAUUUUUCUCUCAUCGUUUAUUAUUACAUGGAGUCAGUGUCAUUAACACCUUCGAAACAUAUAUCAUCGCUAUAAAAACAUCAAACUGAGCAUAUUCUAACGCUAACAAAUCCUAGUUAUUGAAUCGUUCUCUUAAAUUUUAAAGCAUGUAUGAAUAAGAUACGUAUUGAAUAAAACAAAAGGGUACAAUUUUUACUGGAUGCUUGAUUACAAAAAUCAGAACAAUGUUGAAAAUGACAUUAUACCUGGAGUUAUCGGUUAAUAUCUUCUCCAACAGCUAAUCGUGGUGGAUAUUUUCAAGGUUUGAACGCUGAUCAACACACACACACACAUACACUUUCACUAUUGAAGCAUGUUAAAGCCAUUAUCAAUUACAAAAGCGCGCUCAUCGUCUACUCCCCUGUCAACAGUACAAUUACCGUUAACAGCACCACCUAUUGUAUCCUCAGAUGAUAUCAAUGCUUUGAAUCAAAGCAUUCUACUGAAUGAACAGGAGGUUAAAAAAAUCGAUGAAAAAGUGAAACGACAUUCUUUAAAAACUUUUUCACUACACGAUAAGAUAGAUGAAAAUAUUUCUAACCAUUAUUGGAGUAAGCAUUCAAGAAUUCAAAGUGAAAAAUUACCCAGUUCCAGUUCAAGUUGGUAUUCACUAGCAAUGAAACGAAAACAUCGUCUUAUGCAUUAUCGUAGUAUGCAUAAGAAACAUCAUAUGAAAACAUUGAAUUCAAAUGAUAAUUGUGAGAUUUCAUUAUGUGAUACAGAUUUCAGAUUACAGUCUUUUAAUAACAAUAAUAAUCGUGGUGAAAGUGGUGUACAGUCAAUGGAGAUUGCCAUGCAGAAACAGGAACAAUACCAUCACAAAGCAAUAAAGUGUCCACCAAUAAAAGGGACCAGAAGUAUGGAUAGUUUAAUGACAGAUAAUUGGAAUAAGAGAACAGAUGCUGUUCAAAGUUUUGACAGUGGUGAAAGAAAAUCCUCCACAAAAAUAUGUACCAUACACUUUUGGAAUGGUAGUGAAAUUAAAGUACACCCAUCUACUCCAGAAACAUUAGACGAUGUGAUACGAUCACAUCUAUCCGAUUUCACUAUUCCAAUUCAAUGCAUCGAUUUGAUCAGUAAAGAGUUGAUUCCAUGGGGAACUCCUAUGUCGAAUUUAGCCUCAAAAACUUUGUUAAUUAAAAAAAUUCAUCGAAACAGAAGUAGCUUCACGCUUCAGUAUCCUGGAAAUCCGAAAAAAUUAGAAAGGCGGUCAGCUCCUCCACUUGACACCUCGGAUGCGUUAAAACAAUGGUUCAACUUUCACAAGAAAAACAAUUCUGUCAAUCCACAGUCAUUAUCGGAUCAGCUAGUGUAUGAAUGCCUGAAUGAAUUAGAUCAAAAUAGAGUUGAACAGAUAUUUCCAAGACGGCAUAAAACAUCGAAUUGUAGUUCACCUUCACUUGCAGUCAGUAAUACUACUACCGCUGUUUCUGCUACUCCACCUAUCACAAUGACUACUAUUGAUGAGAUCACUAGAAAUAAGUCUAAUUCAUUUUCACGCAUUGAAAGUGGUUCACAUUGGAUGUCAUUUAGUCAAAACUUUGAUAGUCAGGAGUUGGCUGAUGUGUUUUCUAUUGAAGAAUCUUGGACACAAAUCGUCAAGUCAUCUGCGAAAAUGACAAGACAGCAGCAGAAACGACAGUCCGCCAUUUGGGAAUUCAUUCACACAGAGGCGAAUUAUUUAAAGUAUUUACGCACUAUAAUUGAUUAUUAUCUAUCACCUUUCCUGGAAAUACAUGAACAUUUGUUUGACAAUUUGGAUGUUGGAUGGAUAUUUAGUAAUAUUGAAGAAAUAUAUAAGGCGAAUAUUAAACUUUGGCUACAACAUCUUGUUGUACCAUUGAAAGAAGCUCGACAAACGGGUCAUGCAUUUACACCGGUUAUCUUUAAAAGUGCAAUUACACAUAUUCCUGACCUAUUCAGUGUUUAUAAACAGUAUUACGUGAAUUUGCCUCGAUGUCGUUCAUAUACACAAGAAGCUAUUAGACAAAGUACAAACUUUUGUACAUUUCUUGAGUGGGCUGAUCAACAGGGUCAUGACCAUCGUGAACCACUAUGGGACCAAAUGACAAAACCAACUGCGCGAUUAACACAGUAUCGACUUCUAAUGGAAUCAAUACUGAAAAAUUGUAGUAAUCCCACUGAAGAGCAAGAAGUCAGUGAAAUGUUGAAAUCGAUCAGUGAAUUCAUAGAGACAAUUAAUCGACAAAUGACAGAGACAAAAACUUGGGAAAGUUUAGAAAUAUUAGCCUCUAAACUAAUCUGUGAUGAUUUAUUGGAGGCUGUUGUUGAAGAUUACACUCAACUAAUUAACGAUCAUACGAACUUUAAAUUCUCAAUUCUUGGUCCAAUCAAGCUGCCUUUACCAGUCGUCUUAUUCCAUGACAAUAACAACAAUCAAAAUUUCUCAUUAUCUACAAAAUCCCUAACAUCUUUACGCAAUCGUCGUUCAAGUGGUUCAUCACUAAUCAACUUCAGCUCAAAUUUAGAAGUUAAGAAUGUUCAAAGUCGUAGCACAGCUAGCUGUAAUCGCAGUGAUUCUGGUAUUGGUGAUUGUAAUCCACCUGUUUCAGCAUCGACUAUAUCAACAGAUCUUACCUCACCCAUAUAUUUUAAGCAGUCUUCAAGAAAUUUCAGUCUGCCUAAUCAGAUAACUGAGAUGUAUCAGUGUCCUGUGCUCCUCUCACGUGUAACACCAAGCAGUAUACAAAAAUCAAGUUUUUUAGAAACAGAUAUGAAUGAUUCCAUCAUAUGUGAUUGGUCAGAUUUUUAUUGCAGACGGGCUGUUCAACGUGCUGUAUUAUAUGGAGGAAAUUUACGAUUUAAAGAACCCCCAAGUCGUGUAAGUGUUUAGAGUACAUUAUUUUCGUUUAACUUAUUAUUAUUAUUUGUCCAUUGGCUUCCUAGUGGAACAUAUGGAAUAACUAGCACAUCCACAUUUAACUCUCCUCUCUCCAGUCUUCUCAACCAACCUCCACCACUACCCACAACCUCUCAUCUCUUCGCCACACCAUAUCCCCCAUGUCACCAACAUCAAAUACCAAACUCAUCAUUUCCCAUUUGCCUUCCCACCGAUGGUCUGGCAUCACCUGCCAUCACCUCACCUGUUGCAUGAUGUCUCCCAACACCAAACCAUCUUCUCAGUCUAUGUACAAUCCAUUACAAUACAAUACAAUCCAUCUACACUCUCCUCUACACACACCUCCGACGAUAGGUUGUUGGUUGUUUGGUUGGUUGGUUGAUUGAUUCAUUGCCAGUCACAGUGACUUCCUUCUUGCUUACUCUUAUUAUUCUCACCAUCUGAUCAUCUUCAGUGUGAGUAUCGAGUGAGUGUAGGUGUAGGUGUAGGUGUAGGUGUAGGUAUAGGUGUAUGUGGCAGAUGUUGAUGAUGUAUGUGUGAAGUUUGUUGGAAGGAAAUGCUUUUGGUGUAACAUGCCAACUCUAUCAAGCAUCACAUGGAAGCAGUGAGUUGAGUGAAUUAUUGUUUGGAAUGUGGAUGUUGUUCACGAUUCAUACUUCACACUUCAUACUUCAUGCUUCAUGCUGAGUGUAGUGUAGUGUAGUG